CAAUCACACAUUGGAUUCAAUUGAACACGCCCCUCUUCACCUUGUAGCGUCAUAGCAAUAUACCAUAUGAAUAGCUUGACCGCUUCAGGUCUUGCAUCUCCGAUCCUUUUUCCGGCCACUUCCUCCAUCUAAGUACGCCCAAAUACUCUUUCACUUAUGUAUCGACGCACAUUCAUCAAUCUGAUACACCUGUUUAUCUCUAUAUCUCAACAUCGAACUUACGAUUCGCCUGCUGAGACAGAUUAUUCGCGCUGCAGAUUGAUUUCAGCAGCAACGUUAUUUGAUUUGGUUUCAAAUUUGGCUUCGUCUGUUUCUUGCGUUACCGUAAAUUAAUUUCGAAGAGUUGGUGAUUGAUUGAGUGUCUUUUGAGUAGAGAUAUCCAAGAAAUUGAAAUCCGUGAGUUAAAUUUAAAACUACUUCGCCUGCCAGGAAAAAACGAAUCCAUAAACUUUCAUGUUUUAGCUUUUUUUCGAGCAAAAGGUUCCAAUAUAUCUAUCGGUGUCGUAGGGUUUUAGUAGACAGUGAGCUCUGGUUCUGUAGAUUCAAAUUCUGAAAGGCAUGGCGUCAUACAGGCCGUUCCCUCCACGACCUCCUCAAUCAAAUUUUGGUCCACCGCCACCACCUGCCCUGCCCAAUCUCACCUCUCUUCCACCUCCGCCACUUGCCCCUCCGCCUCAACCAAGAGGAAAUCAGUAUUCACAGAAUUGGGGCUAUACUAAUUCGAACUUUCAACAGGGUGGUUAUGUGGCUCCAUCUGGAAACCCUGUUCCCAAUCAACAACAGUUUGCAUCAUAUCCACCUCCACCACCACCAGAGUCUGCAUAUCCACCGCCACCACCUCCUUCCCAGACUGCACCACCAGGGCAAAUGUAUUUUCCAUCUUCUCAGUUCUCCCAGUUACAUAGCCAACCUCUACAACCGCCGCUGCAACCACCACCACCACCACCUCCACCUUCCUCUCCCCCCAGUUCUUCAGUUCCCCCGCCUCCUCCCCCACCAUCACAACCACCAUCACCUCCCCCACCCCCUUCGGCUGUCCCUAUAAAUAACCAAGCCAAGCAAAGCAGACACGAUAGUUUUAAAAGGCCUUCCACUGAAGUCGAGAAUUCUAAAUGGCGUGAUUCAUCACAUUCUCAUCACGCAGGUCCUUCCAGACAACAUUCUAAGCCUUCUACUUUACCUCCUUUGCCAGCAAGAAAAUCAAAUGGCCCUCCUGGUAGGGUUGAGACUGAAGAAGAGAGGAGGCUGCGCAAGAAAAAAGAAAUGGAGAAGCAAAGGCAAGAAGAAAAGCAUAGGCAACAGGUGAAGGAAUCUCAGAGUAAAGUCCCCCAAGAGACCCAAUUGUUAUCUUCAGGCAUCAAGCCACAUGGUUCAGUUAGUGGCUCCCAUAUGGGCGAUAGGAGGGCUACACCAUUUUUGAGUGGUGAAAGGGUAGAAAACCGGUUGAAGAAGCCAACAACCUUUCUAUGCAAGUUGAAAUUCCGGGAUGAGUUACCAGAUUCAACAUCUCAACCGAAGCUUCUGUCUAUAAGGAGAGAUAAAGACCGAGCUGCGAAAUACGGUGUGACUUCAUUAGAAAAGGUGCAUAAGGCUCAGUUGUAUGUUGAGGCAGACCUUGGGAUACCACUUGACCUACUUGAUCUGAGUGUAUACAAUGGUGGGACUGGGAGGGAUGAAAAUCAGCAUAUUGCCCCUGAAGAUGAGAGACUGUUGGUGGAAGAUGUGUGUGUGACCCCAACAAAAAAAAACGGGUUAAAAAGAAAAGAACGUCCUACAGAUAAAGGCAUGUCUUGGCUUGUCAAGACACAAUAUAUAUCUCCUCUUACCACCGACACCACAAGACAGUCUUUUUCUGAACAACAAGCAAAAGAACUACGGGAAAGACGUGGUAACACCUUAUUAGACAACCACAAUAGUAGGGAAAGGAAGAUUAAGGACAUUAAGGCUUCAUUUGAGGCUUGUAAGGCGCAUCCUGUUCAUGCAACCAACAAAAAACUACACCCGGUUGAGAUUUUGCCAUUAUUUCCUGAUUUCGAACGGUGGGAUGAUCAAUUUGUUGUUGCAACAUUUGAUGGUCCUCCUACUGUGGAUUCAGAAAGCUACAAUAAAAUGGAGAAAUCUGUUCGAGAUGCCCAUGAAUCUCAGGCCAUUAUGAAAAGCUUUGUAGCAAGUACCUCCGACCCUGCUAAACCCGACAAAUUUUUGGGUUACAUGGUUCCUUCGGUUGGUGAGCUGUCAAAGGACAUGCACGAUGAAAAUGAAGAUAUAUCAUACACGUGGGUUCGUGAAUAUCGUUGGGAUGUGCGGGGUGAGGAUGUGGACGACCCUACAAAUUUCCUUGUGGCAUUUGGUGAAUCAGAGGCUCGUUACAUGCCUCUGCCAACAAAGCUUAUUUUAAGGAAAAAGAGAGCCAGGGAAGGAAAAACAAGCGAUGAGGUUGAACAUUUCCCUGUUCCUGCAACUAUCACAGUCAGACAAAGGUCAACCGUUUCAGUUGACAUGAAGGAAUCCGAGGGUUAUAUGGAUUCGAAAGGGAGAAGUUCGAAUGCUAGACAUGACAUGGAAGAUGAUGGUGAUAUGGAUCGAUCAAGUGGGGGCGAAUAUGGAGGUGUACCAGGUGCGUUCUCGUACAUAUCUUGUUGCUCACUUGAUAAAUUUUGUCGAGUGCAAGUAGGAUUUUACCAAUUGGAAUGGAAAGUGGUAUUGCAAAGUUUAGAGAAAUAUCAUUUAUGUGUAUAUAAAUUAUAA